AUGGCCAGGAGUCAACCGCCCAGCAAGCCCUCGCCAACGGAGCUACCGUAUCAGCGACCAAUCGUCGGGGCGAAACGCCUCUCCAUCUGGCCACAAAAGCGGGACAUUUUAAGUAUGGUGCGGUAUCUUUUGAAUGUCCAGAAGGUGGAUGUCAACUCGAUGAAAAUGAUGUUCUUCAUUUAUGACCAUGACGAAUGGGAUCACUCCAUCCACCUGCUGCGCCAACAUAUUUGGUCGACUCAGAAGUCGUCCUUGCGCCAGUCAACUGUGUUUGGUCCCAUGCACGGUGCCCGGAAAGACCCUUGGGGCGCCACUUUCACCACAGCAUCGAUCAAGAUCAAGACGACUUCGUGGGGCCUGGCAGUGGCUUGUGCUACUUUUUCACAAACCAGCUUGCGUGGUCUAAGCUGGCUGGCGGGUGGUGGCUACAAUCACUUCGGCCUCUAUAUCCAUGGUGUGCAAUAUCAAAAGACCAGCGGGAAGUUUGUCAAAGGCACUUAUCUACCUGUUAUAUUUGAGGAUUGCAUGGAUUCCAUUACGUCAGGCCAUGAGGAACUGGGCCUCCCAAAGGUCUUCAGCGACAUUGAUGUGCACCAGCGCGAGGAGUCUUACCAUAUCGUGACCAGCUGGCGAGGGGCCACCUGGGGUAGAUUCAGUCUGAAGGGGCUGAAGCCUGUCAAAGAGAGCGUAGUGCAAAAGCCCUCGACGGAUAGAGACUUCUCCGAGGAGUCCGGACUCCUCAUUCAUCGAUACAUGUCUGCAGUUGGAGCAGACCGCAAGGGGGUAUCUGAAGUUGAGUAUCCGAUGCUUGUCUCUUGUGCAGACGAGGAAAAGCAUGAAAUACGUCGACCGACUUGGUCAAUGGCUACUUCUGAUGCUAUCGUUGAUAUCGAUGGGCUCGAUUGGGAGAGCCUUCCUACCCUGCAUCACAUUGUGUUCCGAUUGGCAGAGAUCCCGGUGUUCAGCGUUGUCGAAGCCAAGAUGAUUGGGGGUAAGGGAGUGACGGAUUUGUCUACAGCUAAGGAGAUCUCUUAUUUGUGAUGUUAGAUUUUAUUUCUACAUAUGGGAAUGUUGGCGUCCUCAAUUCAUGACCAGUUAUCCCGGCGGGUCCGAUCUACGAGAGAGCUAGUCUUGGGCUUCCAAAUAUUAACAAGUGGCAUUGCCACAGUGAAUUCGUGAAUGUUAGAAAGACUUAAGAUUACCAG